AUGGAUGCGGCCAUCCAAGGAAACGAGUGGAUCACAACCACGGUGGCGCUCAAGACGAUUCACGAAUUGGUGGUCAAUUGCGAAGCGAAUAAAAUGCUAUUGGAGCGAUUCGACUGGUACAUCCUACCCAUGGCCAACCCGGAUGGUUACGAGUAUUCUUGGAAUACAAUGUUUCAAGACUGGAAAAAGAAUCGAUCACCGAAUGGUCUUCACGUUGGCACCAAUCUGAAUCGAAACUUCGACACCAAGCGGAAUAAGUUGGAUAAAUGGCAUCGCUUAACCAGCAGUCAAGAGACGCCCCUGAAAGACGUCGAGGUUUUUGAGAGCAUAGCAAACUAUGUCAGUGAACGUAUAUUUCUGGAAACAAAGCCCGUCUUCCUGCGAAUUCCCCCAAAGGAAUACGAAAGAUCGGGUGGUUCCAGUUUGGACUACGCCUUCGAACAGGGAUUUCCUCUAACUUAUGGACUUGAGGUCUUUGAAUCAUUGGCUAAUCCGGAAUUUAGUGGGGGAGCGUAG